AAAUACCCGUUUGGCGGUCUUUGUAAAGCACGGUUUGAACACUUCGUCGAAAUUGAAACACCCAAAGCAUGGCGGGAGCCAAGAGGUCUUCGUCUUCUUCACCCAUUUCAAUCGGGAAUUGCAAGGUUGAUAUUUAUGGAAACAACUUCACCUGCCAAUCUAAGCCAAAUAAUCUUCAAAUUUCGGUGUCAGAUGCGGCAAACAUCAAAAUCUCAGUGAACAAUCCAAGAAAACGCAUGAUAAAGAAGCAGUUCGACGAUCUUCAGCAUGAAAAGUACAAUGAAAGAAACGUGGAAGGGGAGGAAGAUUCUUCUUUGCGGGAUCAGCUUUUCUUCUUUCUUGUUCAUCCUAAAGAUAUAGAUAGCCGUAGCAAAUCUUUACUCCAGGAAGUCCUAACUAUUUAUAUGAAAGAGCUACCUGCAAUGAAUUAUGCAGCUAACACUGGAAAGGAAUCACUUUUCCUUGAAAGAUGUGUAUUCAAUGGAAAAUACUGCACAUUGCUUUUGAAAUCAAAUUCCACCGAAGGAACUGGAGAGGUGAUAGCUGCAAUAACUUAUCAGAUAAUUCCCACCGACACCCAGUAUGCUGAGAUUCCUCUUAUGGCUGUCAGUUCAAACUACCAGAACAAGGGGAUUGGUUGCCUUCUGUACGCAGAGUUGAGAAAGAGACUGCAGAAUGUUGGUAUUCGUACAAUAUUAUGUUGGGCAGACAAGGAAUCCGAGGGAUUUUGGCUUAAACAGGGUUUUGUAACAGUAGCAGAGGUGGAUAUCUCGGGUAGAGUUCGCAAACUACCAAUUAAAGCUGACAUCCGGAGGGCAUUAUGCUUUCCUGGUGGUUCCACCCUCAUGGUUUCUCAUCUUAACAAGGAUUUCUCAUCUGUUCCUGUGAAAGUUCAAGAACUGGUGGGUGGGGAGAAUUCUUUAAAAGAAGUGGCCAGGGUUAAUCAAAUCAUUACGCAGUCUGAAAGUCCUGAACAUGUAAACUCAGUGAAAGGUGGAUGCUCAGAUGAUAAAGACUUGAAUGGUUCUCACCCUAGACAUGAUUUAGUAGAGAGUUGCGCAGACUUUGUUCCUUUAAAAGGAGUUAAUUGCAAAGUCACUGAUAUUGGUUCAGGAGUAGCGACAAGUGGAGAUGCUUGUAUAAAGAAUUGUUCCUGCUCUGGACAAGGUGCCAGAAAGAGAGAUUGGGAAGCUUCCUUGUCAUCAUUAAAGUCAAAAAAGAUAAAGGGUAGUCAUCAUAUAGACUGCCAGUUAGAGUCUAAUUGGGAUCCCAUUUGUGAACAAGAUCGAGGUAAUCGUUUUUCUAUUAAUGGUUGCUCCAUGGUCGCUUCUAGAGGUAAGCUUUUGGUGGAGGUUAAUGAAGACCAUCCAGCCACUGGUUCCACAGAGAUCAGUGCCCAAGAGAGUGGACCAUUUGGUCCAUUUCAUAUCUUGCCAAAUGAAGAUCCUAUCAGCAAGAAACUUCCUUCAAAAGUAAAUUGCCCUAGGAUCAUGCUAAUGAAUAUGGCUGAUGAUGUCAAAAAAGAACGUCUAACCAAGAUAAUUGAAGACCUUGAUGGCAUUGUUACCUCUGAAGGAAGUGUCAGCACUCAUAUUAUCACUGGAAAAGUGAGAAGAACUCUAAAUCUCUGCGUUGCUCUUUGUUCAGGUGCUUGGAUAAUCUCACCCAGUUGGUUAAAAGAAAGCUUUAGGGAAGGCAGACUUGUGGAUGAAUUGCCAUUUAUUUUAAAAGAUGAAGAUUAUGAGUCGAGAUACAAAACGGAAUUGAAAGAUGCUGUUCAGAGGGCAAAAGCAAGGCCCCGAGCUUUGCUUAAAGGGUAUGACAUCUGCCUUGCUGUGCAUGUCCAGCCUCCAGUUGACAUGCUUUCAGCCAUCGCGAAAUCUGCUGGUGGAAAUGUUCUUAAGGGGCUAGACAAAGUAGUUGAGCCAUCAAAAACAAUUUUUGUGGCAUGUGAAGAAGACAUGGAGGAGGCACUUGUAGCCACAAAUAGAGGGCUAUGGACUUUCAAUGGUGACUGGUUCAUGAACUGUAUUAUGAGGCAAGAACUUGAUUUGGAGGCCCCUAAAUUUGCGGAGUCCCUCUAGGACAACUUUAUUUUUUUCCAUCAUUCUUUUUGGUUGGAUAUAAAUAUGUCUCUGCAGAUGCAAGGUUCUUUUGGUUAAUUAGAAGGAAUGGAGCUUUUACCAUGUACAAAUGUGAUUAUUGAAACAGGACAUUUUCAAUGCUAAUAAAGCCUUUUUCUUCAGUUAUGCUGAGC